CCCACCCCAUUUUCCAACCACUAUUCUUCCUUUAUAAUUUGCUCAUUUGAUGUAGUUUGAUUUGAUCUCCUCUUCUUGCCAUUGAGCAUUUCAUAGCCAAAAAAGCAGCAGUUCUUCCUGGUCAAAAAGAGACCUUUUUCUUCUUCUUUUUUAUAUUUUUGUUCUGUUGAAUUCAAAGGCUUGACUCUCAAGAAUCCAGAGGAAGUGAGUCCUUCUCUUCUUUGGCUGUUCUCCUCUGUUCUUUCCUUCCUUUCCGAGAUUCUCAUUUUGUCUCGCUUUGCCAUUGAGAGUUUCAGAGCCAAAGAAAAAAACAAUUCUUCCUGGUUCAAAAAGAGACCUUUUUUUACUUUAUUUAUUUGGUUCUUUUGAAUUCGAAAGCUUGUCUCUCAAGAAUCCAGAGGAAGUGGGUCAUUCUCUUCUUUAGCUGUUCUCCUCUGUUCUUUCCUUCCCGUACACUGGGUUUUGGGGUUUGUUCCUUCUUCCCCAAAAGUCUCUGUGAAUUUCUUUUUUUUAUGCAAUCAUGUCCUGUUCUGCUAAGGUUGGGACAAGCAUUGCUGGGUUCAAUGGGGCUGCUGUUGUCGGCUCGAAAGCCAAAGGGGCUCUCGGGCUUCCUUCCUCUUCUGGUUUUCUGUCUUUUGGAGAAUCCGAGAAGACAAAGUUUCCUGCUUUGAGGAUCGAUUUCAUGGGAAAGCAGCUGGUUCUCUCGGAUAAAAGGGCUUUAGGUGAUUGGAGCAUGAAAGCACCUUCUGGCUUCUCUUUGCGUGCACAAGCAUCGAUUUGCGUGAGCAGGGCUAUGAGAUGGUGGGACAAGACUCUUCAACCCAACAUGGUAGAGAUCAAUUCUGCUCAAGAACUUGUGGAUUCAUUGUUGAAUGCUGGUGAUCGAUUGGUUGUGGUUGAUUUUUAUUCACCUGGUUGUGGUGGUUGCAAAGCUCUUCACCCCAAGAUUUGUCAGCUGGCGGAGUCGAAUCCGGGGGCGCUCUUUCUCAAAGUUAAUUAUGAAGAACUCAGAACCAUGUGCCAGUGCCUCCAUAUCCACGUCCUUCCAUUCUUUAGAUUUUACAGGGGCUCGGAAGGCCAGCUAUGCAGCUUCAGCUGCACUAAUGCAACUAUCAAGAAAUUCAAAGAUGCGAUGGCGAAGUACGGGGUCGAGCGAUGUAGCAUCGGUCCGGCGAAAGGUUUAAAUGAUUCCGAACUCGUGAGACUAGCUGAGUGCGGCGAGAUACCAAGAGAUCUGCAGUUGCCUGUCACGAUGGGAAACAUUGUCAUGACUAGCUUAGAGAAGAGUGGAUAUGAGGAGACAGCAGUCCCCAGGAUGGGAACUCAAGACAGGGAGUACCUUGAUCAUAGUUUGAAGGAUGCUUCUCAGAUUGGAGUGUUGCUGUGAGACGAGCAGCCCAAUAUUGUUUUUUGGUAAUUUGUAGGCUGCCAUUGUUAAUAUCUUUAUCAUCAUUUGGUCAUUCCCAUGAGCACAGGGCUUGUGUUCUUUUUUGUCAUUGAGCCCUGCUUGGUUUUUGUUUGUUAGUUCCAUCUCUGGAUUUGGUAUUUGUUUAUCUGGAUAAGAAUGAGGUUCAGAUCGAGAAUCGUUUAUAAUCUGACCCAUGAUUGCCAAGAGAAACCAUUUAUGUUUUGUCAUAUUGUGGCCAACUGUUCACAAUAGACGGUGAUUCUUGUGUCGUUUAGGAUUGGCUGCUUCCAUCUGUGCAAA